AGCGGCGACCUUUGAGUCUGGCUAGCCAGAGCACUAGGAGGCAGUUCCUCAGCCCGGGGUAGCAAUUGGCUGCGCGUGCACUCACUGCGACUCCCCUCUUGUCUUUCUGUCGAUCCAUUUCCUAUCACGCGUUCUGUAAAAUUGCUUACACACACACACGCACGAUGUGGUUUGCGUGUGUGUGCGUGCACCGGAACCCAAAGUCCGUCGGUGGCGUCGCCAAAUUUGAAGAUUAACGAGGUUAUCCUCCAUUCGACCCGCGGAGAGAGAGAGGACCAGAACGCACAGACUGCUGCGCCGACCUGCUUGCGUGUCGAGGCGGAAAGGAAGCUUGGCCAGCUGCGUUGUUGGACUGGAUCGAAUUGGACUCAGUGAAGAGCAGUAGGACUAUAUAAAGACAGGGGGGAAUAUGACCGAUAAACGGAUGUCGCGGUGGUAUUUUGGGGGGCUCGCCUCCUGUGGGGCUGCCUGCUGCACCCACCCUCUGGAUCUCAUCAAAGUCCACCUGCAGACCCAGCAGAAGGGGAAGAUGGGGAUGGUGAGCAUGGCCAUGCAGGUAGUGAAGAACGAUGGAGCUCUGGCUCUGUACAACGGACUCAGCGCAUCACUCUGCAGACAGAUGUCCUAUUCUCUAACUAGGUUUGCUAUCUAUGAGACAGUCAGAGACAUGUUGAGCAGCAGUAACCAGGGGCCUAUGCCUUUCUACCAGAAGGUGCUGCUGGGGGCCUUCGGAGGUUUUACUGGCGGGUUCAUUGGCACUCCUGCAGACAUGGUGAACGUCAGGAUGCAGAAUGAUGUUAAACUUCCCCCAGAGCUGAGGAGAAACUACAAACAUGCUGUGGACGGUCUCUUCAGGGUCUUCAGAGAAGAGGGGGUGAGGAAGUUGUUCUCAGGAGCCACCAUGGCCUCCAGCAGAGGAGCUCUGGUCACUGUGGGACAGUUGGCAUGUUAUGACCAGGCUAAACAGCUGGUGCUGUCUUCAGGCUUCAUGGGAGAUAACAUCCUCACACACUUCCUGUCCAGCUUCAUCGCUGGAGGCUGUGCUACGUUCCUGUGUCAGCCUCUAGAUGUGAUGAAGACCAGGUUGAUGAACUCUAAAGGAGAAUACUCAGGUGUGAUACACUGUCUGAGAGUGACGGCUAAAGAGGGACCCAUGGCCUUCUACAAGGGUCUUGUUCCUGCAGGGAUCCGUCUGAUCCCUCACACGGUGCUCACCUUCAUCUUCCUCGAGCAGCUCAAGAACAACUUCGGCAUCGUCGUCAUCUCCUGAGCACGCUCCGUGACCUACGACCUUUACCCUCUAACCCCCUGCCAAUGUCAACCAAUCCCCUGUCACUGCCACGGUGCCCCCCCCCCCCCCACCACCCCAUGGCCCUGCACUGUCCAAUCACACAGAGAGGUGGAUGUAGGGAUGGAAUGUCUGCUAUGCUAUCCUACCCGGCCCUCUUUCACCUGCUCUGGAAAUCAACCAAUCACCCGUGGAAAAGACUACGAAGGAACUGCCUACACCUGCACCAUCACAGCCUUGUCCACAGGAAGAGUUGUCAUAGCAACGCCAGUCAAACCCUGCUGUGACAUCAUCUUCAUGCGUCUGUCAUCAUCAAUAGUGCCAUUCUCAAUGGGGCCUGCGCCUCAAAUCAUACACUAUUCCCUAUGUAGUGCAUUACUUAUGACCCUUAAUCUAUAGUGCACUUAACAUGUAGCUCUGGUCAGAAGUAGAGCACUACGUAGGGAACAUAGUGUCACCUGAGUUCACUCGCUAGACAGUGUUAAUGUGUUUAUACUGUAGCCUUCCACCACCAUCAUCAUCAUGUCUGUAUCACCCAAAUCAGUUCCAUUCCACACCACACCAGUCCUCAUGUAUUACUAGCAGUGUACUAGUUAUAGUAGUAUGUAUUACUAGCAGUGUACUAGUUAUAGUAGUAUGUAUUACUAGCAGUGUACUAGUUGUAGUAGUAUGUAUUACUAGCAGUGUACUAGUUGUAGUAGUAUGUAUUACUAGUUGUAGUAGUAUGUAUUACUAGCGGUGUACUAGUUGUAGUUGUAUGUAUUACUAGCUGUGUACUAGUUGUAGUAUGUAUUACUAGCAGUGUACUAGUUAUAGUAGUAUAUAUUACUAGCAGUGUACUAGUUGUAGUUGUAUGUAUUACUAGCAGUGUACUAGUUAUAGUAGUAUAUAUUACUAGCAGUGUACUAGUUAUAGUAGUAUGUAUUACUAGCGGUGUACUAGUUGUAUGUAUUACUAGCUGUGUACUAGUUGUAGUAUGUAUUACUAGCAGUGUACUAGUUGUAGUAGUAUAUAUUACUAGCAGUGUACUAGUUAUAGUAGUAUGUAUUACUAGCAGUGUACUAGUUAUAGUAGUAUGUAUUACUAGCGGUAUACUAGUUAUAGUAGUAUGUAUUACUAGCGGUAUACUAGUUGUAGUAGUAUGUAUUACUAGCGGUAUACUAGUUGUAGUAGUAUGUAUUACUAGCGGUAUACUAGUUGUAGUAGUAUGUAUUACUAGCGGUGUACUAGUUGUAGUAGUAUGUAUUACUAGCGGUGUACUAGUUGUAGUAGUAUGUAUUACUAGCGGUGUACUAGUUGUAGUAGUAUGUAUUACUAGCGGUGUAGUAGUGUGUAUUACUAUAAUGUAUUACUGGUAUGACUGUAGAUCGCUACAACAUUGUCCUUCUAACUGGAA